AUGACGUCACGAUACGUCCAUGUAAUCCUCUUGCGUCGAAGCCCAAUCAGCGGAGACUCGGAAUUGUCUGGGAUGGGAGGAGAGGGCGCUCUAAUCCUGGAGACAGUGGAUCACAACCGAGAGAAAGAGCGCGCGAGGGCACGCGGCCAGCACCGGAUUGUGCCUGAAAUGGGUCAGAAUAAAACGCAAAGCAAAGGAACCGAGAGCUUCGAAACGGGACAUUGCUCUGAAGUCAAGAGGAUUUUGUUCAACUUCCCAUAUAGGCUCCAUGAGAGCAGAGUGAGAGCGAGCUCCGUGGCCAAUGGAAGAAGCAGAUAG